GCGACCAUCGCAUGUAGUUGCGCAAACUUCUGCUGUCUUUUGAUUUUAUGUUUCUGUGCUUUCUUCACGUUAUUCAGUUAUAAUUAGUGUGAAGUUCUUCAUAUAUAAAAUGGAUUUGUUGAGAAUUUAGACACAAACCGAAUGUAGCGAUUACGAAGAUAAACAAACUACUCGCAAUACCUAAUAUGCCCUCAGACCCUGUCGCAUCCGUACAUAAGUGGUGUACAUGAUAGCGAUUGAUUUAUAAUGGAAGACCUAAUAAUGAAAUGCCCCCUUUGCUGUGAUAGAACAUUUACUUCAAAGAUAUCACUUGUUGAACAUUUAUCGAACAUUUUAUCCAACCUGAUUUGUCCUGUUUGCAAAAAUAAAUGGUCAUCACUUGCUCAUCUUAUUGAACAUUUAAAUCUCGAUGAUUGCCAACCAGAUAAUACAGUUCAGUCAUUUGAUAUGGCUACACUGGAGGAAGAAAAUAUUGAAAAUAGCACUGAAAAUUGUACUUCUGAGUCAAAGUCUUUGGAAGAUGAAAUUUUAAUUAAACAUGAAGAACUUGGACAACUCGCUGUUGAAACAGUAACCGAAGUCCCACAAGAAAAUGACAAUAAAAUGUAUGUAGAAUUAUUGAGCAAGCAGCUGACUAAACCAUGUCUUCAGACUCAGGAGCUAAAAUUUGUUAUGGAGGAUGGAGAAAGCCGAUAUGUGAUUAUGGAGCAAGGUGAUUCUGAACUAAACUUAGAAAGUGCUGUGGUCACUAAGCAGAAUAAUGAUGGUACCAUAUCUUUGACUACAGUUAAAGUUUCAGAUUUAAAAAUAGAUACUGGGCCAACAGUUGCUGCAGCAGAAACUGAAGUAGAGGGAACAGGUCAGGAAAUAUACAGUUGCAAUACAUGUGGUGUAUCAUUUUCUUCUGUUAUAGAACACAUACAGAACUACCACACUGAUGAGGAAGUAGUUGUUGAGGAACCUUUAGAAGAAGCUGAUAAUGAACCAAAUGGAAUGUCUCUAGAGUUGGACCCUCUUAAUGAUAAUACUCCACGAAGUGAACCUAUAGCUUCAAGACGAAUGAUCACUGAUACUGGUGAUAUAGUGGAAGCUCCAGUAUUAGUUAAAACCACAGCUUUGUUGUUAUCUGAUUCUCCAAGUGAUUCCGCAAAAGAAAACAAUAGCGAAAAACGAGGGCGACCUCUCGCAAAGCGAUAUGUGCAAAUAGAUAAAUUCUGUGAUAGUAUUGUGAAAGAUAUAAACCCAAAUGAUGAAAAGGGUGGUCCCUAUCACAAAGUGACGAUGAAAAAUUGCAAAACAACCGAUGGAAAAAAUAUUAAAAUGUAUCACUGUAUGUCAUGUAAUGUUUAUGUUGCAAACUUAGAAGAAUUUAAGUCAUAUGUUUGUAAAACAUUGAAGUAUUCCUGCCCUCAAUGUCCAGUGGCAUAUGACAACUCUAAAUCACUUAGUGCACAUAUGAAAGCUCAUAAAUCAAAGUCAGAAAUCAAAAGUUCACCUGCUACUUAUGAGUGUGAAAUUUGUUGUACUGUAUUCUUAACAAAUAAGUCGUUAAAACUUCAUAAACGAAUGCAUGAUCCAAUCAAAUCACGACCUAUAGAUCCGCCAGUGAAGUCAGCCGAUGGCGAGGAGGCAGACAGUGAGCGAUAUCUAUGCACAAUAUGUGACAAGAUGAUACCGGUGGAUUAUAAAACUAUACACCAAAACUCCCAUAAACACAAUAACAAAAUGAAUUGUAGUAUAUGCAAUAAGAAAUUCCAUUCGAACGAAUAUCUAGAAAUGCAUAUGAGUGUACAUAGUUUAGAUAAGGUACCAGUUAAUAAAACUGACCAAUCACUUCCAUAUAGCUGUCUGUACUGUACAAGAAGGUUCGCGAGGCCACAUGAAAAGGUCAAACAUGAGAGGAUACACACCGGUGAAAAACCGCAUUCGUGUGAAAUAUGUGGGAAGUCAUUCCGGGUGUCGUAUUGCCUUACGCUACACAUGCGUACACAUACAGGCGCGCGGCCAUACGCCUGUGUGCAUUGCGGCAAGCGGUUUAAAGCGCACAGCGUGUACAAUCACCACUUGCUGACCCACUCGGAGGUGCGCGCGUACAAAUGUCCGUACUGUCCGAAAGCGUUCAAGACAUCCGUACAACUGGCCGGACACAAGAACUCUCACACAAAACCGUUCUCUUGCCAGCAUUGUAACAGGCCGUUUGCGUCCCUGUACGCAGUGCGCGUACACACGGAGACGCACCUGCGUCAGAACAACCUGAAGUUUUCGUGUCGCCUGUGCGGCGCCAGCUACGCGCGUUCCUUCGCACUCAAAGACCACGUCAAGCAGGUCCAUCAUCAAGAGCUCGAAGACGCCGACAAUUCUGCACCUCUUAGCGAGGACUGGGUAGUAACAGAAAACACCGAGAGCGAUACGACUUCUAUGCCAACACUCAACAAAGAUUUAUCUCAGGAGAUAACGGUGCUCGGAAUGAAUACAAAUGAACUGAUAGUGCCCUGAAUCAAAUAAAAUUGUAUAUUGUAAAUAGUGAAGUGAAAGAUAAUCAUCACAAAAAGUGUUUUGUAAUAUAAUAUUGUUAUGGCUGUAAAUAGUGUGCAAUCUAACAUUUUUUUAUUAAGGAUUUUGCCAAUGCAAUUACCUAUUGAUUAGGUAAUUGGUUUUAAUAGUGUUUAUUUGGAAUAAAAUGUUCCUAGUCGCGAUCAUAUUCAAGUUUAGAAUAUCUAUAACGGAAUGUUAUAAUACGUUUUUCAAAUAAAAUCCAAAUCCAACAUAUUUCAACCUGCUCAUGUCUUGUGCCUUGUCUUGCAGAAAUUAUUUUGUUUUUAUUAAUAAAUAAGUUUUAAAUGUAAUUUUCAACGAGAACAUGAGUUUUUUAGUCAAUGUACUUUAUUUAUAUUGGUACUUUCUUGUCUUUUCUAUAGAUACUUUUAUUGAUUCUGAGAAUGAAUUAUUAAAAAAAGAACUUAUUUAUUCUAAGAAUACAUGGCUGCAAAUUGCUUCUGCAACAGUGCCAAAUUUUAUAUCAAUGGUACAAGCAGUUACGCAGAAAUGCGAAUAAAAUAAUUAUUUGAACUAUAUUGGAAAUAACUGUGCCUAAUAUUAUUAUUACGCGAUUCGCUUCCCGUGCGCUUGGCAACGUUUGCAUUACCUGUCAAAUUUCAUGCAAUUUUAUCGAUUUAAAUAUUGUUUUAUCUAAUAACAAUAUUAUUAGAUAUUAUUUUUAGAUAAAACUGGCGCAACACCUUAGUUUCAGCGCUCAUUUGUGCGACUCAUGACGUCAUCACAGGAAAUAGAACGGAGGGGACGAACUCAUAUUGUUUUUUAGUAGUCAAAUCGAUCUUUCUUUAUGGUGUUAAAAUUAUUUCCUUUCAACUUUCAUAGAGCAUUCGAAAUAGAUACACGAUAUUUGCUAUAACUUUCUGGAACGAGUCCUCAAAAUGAAUGUAAGACGACAACCUGGAAAGUGCCUUGUAGUGAACUAAAGCGUUAUAUUAGUCAUGUAAUAAGAUGAUAACAUUCGAUUAUUAAUGACCAGAUUCCUAGUCACCUUAUAAGUAGCAAUAUAAUAAGGCAACCGGGACAUGUCAAGGAUGAACAUAUUUUAAGAGUAACGCUAAACAAAAAAGGCAAUAAGCAAAACUUCACGUGAUCAUUUAUGUAUUGUUUUCGUGAGGACAUUUUUUUAUCAUUAGAAACCUAUCACUGAAACUGUAUAGUAAUGAAUGAAAGUAAUACUUCUUAUUUGAAAACUGAAGAAAAAUAUGUAAUGAAUAUCUAUAAUAUAGUACGGUUUUCUUUAAAAUACAGCCUGCUGAAAAUGUUACAAUAUUAGAUUGAAUAGGGUAAACUCAUCAGUAACUGACCACUUCAACCGUUUUGGCAGUUCAUUAACAUUUUUUGAGCAAUGUAUCGUCAAAGUUAUGUAUUUAAACUUAGAAAUAAAGAAUAACCUAUUUUUUUUUAUUUUUUUAAUAUUUUAGAAAAAUAAAACAAAUUUACAUAUUUUUAUUCAUUAUCAUAUUAUCAAUAAGAUAAAUAGUCACUUUUCACCGUUAAUUAGUCACUAAAUUUAGAAAUUGGCAAGUAUAUAUCUAGUGCUGGUCACAUAAAAAAAUAUCAUUAAUUUAUUAAUAAAAUCUGAAAUAAACAUGUUAUAAAAUCUUAAAAAAAAAAAAAAAAACUAAAACAACUACAAUGUUUUAUCAUCUCAAAACAUAACCAAAGUGUACUUUAUUGCUGUUAUUAACAAAAUUUAAUUAUCACCAGAUGAAUCUGUUACUAUCUUGUAACAAAUAUGACAUAAGAAGGAGAUUCAUCGUCUUCGGAGACGUGGACUCUAUGCUUCGAUAGAAUGCAAUUAAAGCGGAAUUUUUGAUUGCAUUGACUGCAUUUUAUAAUUUUCUCUUGCUCAUGAUUCACCUUUUUGUUUUUAAGCUGGUUGGUUUAUACAAUUUCUAAAUAACUGUUAGACAUUAGUGCAAAUGCAGUUUUGUCAGAUUGACGCUUCCCUUUUCUGGUUCUGGUAAAUUCUUUAAUUUCAGGUAAUCAGAAAUUGGCAUAUUUGAUAUAAAAGUAUUUUUUUUCUAUGGAUCUACUGUCUAUUUCGAAGAAGUCGGUUGCAAAUUAUUACUUCACCUCUACAAACUUAGUAUAUUACAAUUUCCACAAAAAUUUUAUAAUAAAUAAAUGGUACUUACCCUUUCUGCUAAUCGAAUAACACAAUCAUUAUGGAUACAUUACAUUACAUCCAGAAUUAUAAUUUUUCUUCAAGGCAUAUUCCGUUAACAUUUAUUUAGCAGGUAACCUUAUUGAGAUAGGAUCAUCGAGUGUCAAAAAGUAAACGAAAGUUUUGGCGUUAGUUUCAAUUGUGGAUUAAAAAAGUACUUAUUAAAAUGAAAUUUUAUAAGUCUAGUGAUGACAAUAGAUGGUGUGCUAUGUAAUAAUAUAAUCGUCUAUAAAGGGCUUAAUGGCCAGUUACUGCAAGUGGCCUAUUACACCUCAGUUUACCCUAAUUUGUUUUAAGACCCGACAAAUAAUAAUGCACACUAAAUACACAAGUUUAAGCAACUUUAGCCUAAUUUGUUUCGUAGCACCGCAGGCAAUGCUUAUAUUACUUAUGUUGCCAAAAUUAACGAAAAGCGCAUGUUAUUAUAUCGAAUUGAAAAGUUUUUGAUAGUGAAGAAUUACAUAGCAAUGUGUGAUCUUAUUCCCGUUAUAAAUGUUCUAAAGUCAUUCUAAAGUUGCCUUUUGGUGAUAUUUUUAGGUAUGUAUAAUUUAUAUUUAUUUUAUGUAUUUAAUUAUAUAAAAUAAUUCAAUAUACUGCAUUUUUAAAUGCACUAUUGAAAUUUAAUAAAUGUUAACUAAUUACGUCGUUUCAAAGUUUGUUAUUGAAGACUCUUAUUUUUAAUCGCUUUUUAUAACAACGUCCUUUUUAUACCAUAUGUGAACUAAGUUAUAAUAUUUUUUUGUUUAUAAUGUUAGUACAUAAGUACGUAAAUGCACAGCGUGAAUCGGGUAUAUUUUGCAAUAUUUAUAAAAUAGAGUUUUAUGGGCUGGGCCUGUAUCGUUUGUACAGGCAGGCACGCGAUCACGCAAUCGAAUUGAAAUCAAACUCACGUCCAAGAGACGUCAAUUGAAAGUUACUUUACUAUUUAAUCUUAGACGUAUUAUAGCGUACUCAAGCCAUAUUACGUAUUGACUGAUUGGUAAUGUAAUUACAAAGACAAGAUAAAAUACUAUGUGCACUAGUCCACGUAUUACGUAAAUGUGUGCAUAUGAAAGUCCUGAAUUUGUAAGGAAUUCAAAGUUGCAAAAAUGGCAAAAAAUUUUUAUUUAACUUCGCGAAUGUUCAGAAUUUUGUCCGGAUUAAUUUAGAUUUUUUUCUACCAAUUCUUAUAGAAAACAUUUAUUACGGUUCUAAAAUAUUGCAUUAUGAAAGCAAAAUGUUUAAAGUGCAAUUACGUAAAAAAUGUACAUAUUUUUUUUUAUUUGUAUUAUAUCCAGCUACUGCACACUUGACUCUAACUACAUUCAUUUAUUAUUUUUAAAUUACAUAAUUACACUUCAAAACGUAAUAAUAAUCAGAAUUUAUUUUAUUUAUACUCCUGCCAAAUACUUUUCGAGCUUAUAUUGUAUACGUCAACAUCUCAUCUUUUUUCUAUCUUAUCUAUUUAUCUCGCCCUGACAUAUAUGUUGCUGGUUUUAUCUUUUACAUUACCAAUGCUAGUCUGUAUAUUUUUAUUUGAUCUCUAUAUGGUAUGAUUUUGAUUUAGAUUCAACUGCACUAAAAGUCACUGCGCCAUUUUUGUUACGAAGCAGCAACUCGUACAUUGUCUCUAUAUAAAUGUUAAUAUAUCCAUAUAGUGCAAUGUCUAACAUAAAUACAAUUCCAGUCACAAACAGUGGUGCGUUGUCCAUUGCAUGUAAUAUCCUAUUAGCAACAAAUUGUCAAUUUGUUUACUUUAGGAAUCUCUGUUUAAAAUCAAGAGUUACUUCAUUCUGGACUUUUUGUCAUGUGUUAACGUGUCGGAUAAUUAAAAAAAUAAACACAUAUUUAGAAAAACUAUUUUAUUAUCUAAGACAGUAACAAUUUAAAAAAGGAUAUUCCAUAUACAGGAAUGUUCUAGAUACAGUUUCAUUAUCAUGUAGAAAUAUACAAAAUAAAAAAGACGUUUCUGUUACCAAUUAUUUCGCGUGACAUGCCCAUUUGUGACUUAUGUUCCGGUGCUAUGAGAAAAAGCCAAUGGUAUUCGCUACAGGCAUAGAUGUUUAAUGUAAGGGUUUGAAUAUCAAUACAAAAAUAAGGACAUGGGUUCGAUUUUUGUCCUCUCCAGGCGUAGGAACAAUGAAUUCUUAAUCUAUGUAUCCAGUUUCAUAAAUUAUCUCGGAAACCAAGCCACGCACUACUUAACGGACUUCAAACCAGUAGUUUGUAUUAAAAAAAUAGCAAAUUGAUAGAGCUAUAUUGUUCUCAUUUAUUGAAUCUUUUGUUAUAUUAAUUUUGUGAUUUUAAGGAAUUAAAAGUUAAUAUUCAUUUUAAUUAAAUUCAAAUAAAUUUGUUAUACACACAAGGAAAUAUUGUAUUGGUCUAGAUUGCUAUAUUCCAGGUAAUUUAUUCAGUGUAAAGACUCCGCAUAAUGGGUACAAAACUUAAGUCUUUAAGGUAUCAUGUCUUCUUUUAUUGGGUGAUUUUGUAUUAAUGUGAAAGGCAAGGUUUAAAUUAAUUUGUAUAUGUAUAUAUUAUAUAACGAAAUAAAGCAGUGAAUUAAAAAAAAAAAAAAACUUUAUUUCUGUUAUGUUCUUUUGCAAAGCUAUAGAAAGGAGUAAAUCGAAUAAUAAGUUUUACAGUAGAUUCUCUAUUAUCUGAAUCAGAUAUAAUCAGGGGGAUUCUGUAUACAAGAAAAUCUGGAUAAUCGAUUUCAAAGUCAAAUCAAACAAUAAUCAAAUUUUAAUAUUUAUUUAUUAUUAAAAGAGUUUUACAUACGUCAUUUUAGUAAGAGCCGUGAAGAAUAAAUUCGGAUAAUCGAAUAUUCGGAUAAUUGAUGUUUGGAUAAUCGAGGUUCUAGUGUACUGCAAUCAACCGUGUAUAAUUGUACUUAGUUUAAUAAUCUAAAUAAAAAUUGUUUACACA